CUUGCAGAUUUCACAUUGCAGAAAUGGCUAACCAAUACAAAUCUGAAUAUGAUGUUGGACAUUGUAUAUGGAGAUAAGGAUGUAGCAUUGAAGCAUACCUUUGAAACUGCAUAUUUUGUGCUGUUACUAUUACUCACACAUGAUGAGUGUGCCGAGAAAGAUUAUUUGACCUCAUGGGAGGCAAAACCUUUUCGUAAUGCCACUGAGCAGUUGUUCAAGGGACACUACAAAAACCUUGGUAUCCCUUGCCAUAUCCAUGAGAACCAUUGGACUGCAGUUCUGAUCAAUGCAGAGGACCAGAAAGUCCUCUAUGGAGACUCAUUUGGCACAGCUAUUCCAAAUAACCUGAAGGCAGCCAUUGACUGGUGGCUCUUGCACCAUUCACCAACUCCCUUGACAUGGGAUGAUCUACAGAUUUCCUGCCAGGAGGAUACACACUCCUGCAGUGUCUUAGCUGCCAAUGCCCUCACUCAUUUCAUCCAACCAAUGAAGUUCCCUCUAUUAUCAUCUUCCGAC